AUGCCGUUUCUGAAAGUUGAUUUUCAUUCACACGAUUCAAAUGAUUAUAUUCAACGACAUGUACAUGCUCAGUUUGUUCGCUUUUUCCGGCCAGUACAUAUACUGCUUGCUUUUCUUUGCUGCCGAAUCCCUUGCAUGAGACAAAGAAAUAGAAGACGGCGUUGGAUCUCUGAAUGUCAUAAAUACUUCUUCUGCUUAUUACACAAUCCUCCUCAAGUAAUAAUAACUAUUUUACAACUGCAAGGAGUUUUAAACUUGGUGUUCUUAAUUUAUUGGGAUCGGUAUAUGGUGGGUGACAAAUUGCGGCAACGACUGCAAGAUACCACUACUGGCUUUGGUGUUGUGAAGCGGAAGUCAUUGCUCAACAAUAUCCAUCUUGGAGCAAUUAUAUGUGGAAGUUUUAUCACUAUAUUGAUGGUUACUUAUAAAGUUGCACGAAUUAUUGCCGAAGAUUGCUUGUCGAUCAUGAAAAUAUCGUUUAACUCUAACUUUUCACAAUACUUGCAAUGGCUAUCCAUUAGCAUUUUUGUUUACGUGGCAUUUACUUAUCCUGCCAUUUAUGCGGAAGUAUGCAGUUUUAUUAGUAUUGUCUGUGCUGAAUAUCGAGCAUUAAAUGAUGACUUUGUGGAUGAUUGCAAUACUUAUCAGCUAGCUGUUAUCAGGCACUAUGUUAGGGCUCAUUGGAAAAUGUCUCAAACGCAUGCGCUGUUUAUCCGUUCAGUCAGUUUAUGGAUGAGCUUCCAUUUGAUCACCUCAUCCUCUUCGUGCAUAUUCCUUUACCGAUCAGUGUCUAAUUCAUCGGAUCAGUUACUGUCCUUGGAACCAAUCGUCCUGACAGUAUUAAUCUGUACUCUUUUGCUUAUUGCGAUUGCCAUUUUACAAAUUAUAUCCUCCAUGAUAAUAUGUUUAUUAUUUGCUCACAAUAUCAGUCAUUUUCGCUACAUACUCGUUGCUCUAAUCGCAGGCAGCAGCGUUUUGCAAGAACAAGCAUAUUCUGUAGCAAUAGCAUAUAUUAAUCAUUUAUAUCGGUAUCGUACUGGGAUAUCGUUCUUUGAAAUUACCAUCAUUGAUAAGAAAUUCAUUGAACAGGUCACGGCAUUCAUACUCCUUAUCUCUGCCAUGUACUAUUUUAACGAUUUUAAUAAAUAUUCAAGCAAUGCCUGCAGUAAAACAUUGUCAUUGCUGAAGGAUCUAACCUGA